CCCAUUAGUAAUUGGGCUUUGAUGGGCUCUGCGUCUGUAAAUUCAAACAGAUGGCGCCGCAGCCGCGGCGGUCAAAUCUCCGUCGUACCCUCGGUGCAGCUUCUCCUCCUUCAGUGUCUUGCUUUCGUGCGAUCGAUGAUUACUCUUCCGACAGGACCAUGACAACAGUUGAGCUGCCCGACAAUGAACCGCCGUGCACUGGACUACCGUGCCGCGGCGAACGGCUAUGCUGCCCAGCUCCAGCAAUGCUGCCGUCCCGGUGGCCCGGCCUCCUACCCGUUCGCCCGGGCCGUCCACGCCCACAUGAUUGCCUCGGGUUUCCGGCCGCGAGGCCACAUCCUCAACCGCCUGAUUGAUAUCUAUUGCAAGUCCUCCAACCUCCCUUACGCCCGUCGCCUGUUUGAUGAAAUCCCUGAACCGGACGUCGUCGCGCGGACCACCCUGGUCGCCGCAUACUCCGCCUCCGGGGACCUCUCCCUCGCCCGGAAGAUAUUCGACGACACCCCGUUGAGUAUCAGAGACACUGUCAUCUACAAUGCCUUGAUCACGGGCUACUCCCAUAAUAAUGACGGUCACAACGCAAUCACACUCUUCCGGGAAAUGAAGCGUCAUGGAUUAAACCCUGAGGAGUUCUCCUUCACGAGUGUUAUUGGAGCACUCUCGAUGGUCGCCGAACGGGAGUCUCAGUGCCAGCAGUUCCACUGCGCCGCAUUGAAGUCGGGAACUUUGAAGAUAACUUCGGUCUCCAAUGCUGUUAUUUCAGCUUACGUGAAAUGUGCAUCUUCUCCAUUGGACUCCUCCUCAUCAUUGAUGAGUUCCGCGAGAAAGCUCUUUGACGAGAUGGAUAGGAGGGACGAGCUGACAUGGACGACCAUGAUCGCAGGGUUAGUGAGGAAUGGCGAUCUUGAGGUUGCUCGUGAGUUCCUCGACCGGAUGGAUGAGAAGCUGGGAGUCUCAUGGAAUGCAAUGAUCUCUGGGUAUGUGCACCACGGUCGAUUCGAGGAUGCGCUAGCCCUUUUCAGGAAGAUGCAUUCUUCCAAGAUUUACUUGGACGAGUUUGCCCUCACAACCACUAUUAGCGCAUGCGCUAAUGCAGGGUUGCUCAGACACGGGAAGCAAGUCCACGCAUAUGUUCUGAAGACUGAGAAGAACCCUUCACGGGAUUUCUCCUUAUCGGUGAAUAAUUCACUGAUUACUUUAUAUUAUCGAUGUGGGAAUUCGCAUUUGGCGAGGAGGAUCUUUGAUCGAAUGCCUGAGAGAGACCUCAUCUCAUGGAAUGCGGUCUUAUCAGGAUAUGUAAGUUCAGGACAGAUCGAAGAGGCAAGGACCUUCUUUAGGGACAUGCCUGAGCGGAGCCUGCUGGCAUGGACGGUGAUCAUCUCAGCAUUAGCCCAGAAUGGGUAUGGAGAAGAAGGAUUGAAGGUUUUCAAUCAGAUGAGGCUUGAGGGAUUUGACCCAUGGGAUUAUACAUUCGCUGGGGCAAUCACUUCCUGCGCUGUACUUGGGUCCCAUGAACAUGGACGGCAGCUCCAUGGGCAGAUCAUGAAAUUGGGGCAUGACUCAAGCCUUUCCGUGGGAAAUGCCCUAAUAACAAUGUAUGCGAGGUGUGGGACGGUGGAAGAUUCUUACAAUGUGUUCCUCACCAUGCCCUGUUUAGAUUCCGUCUCUUGGAAUGCAAUGAUUGCAGCACUUGGACAGCAUGGGAAGGGCGCUCGAGCCGUUGAUCUCUUCCAGGAGAUGCUCAGGGAAGAGAUUGCUCCUGAUAGGAUAAGUUUCCUCACUGUGUUAUCUGCUUGUAGUCAUGCAGGAUUAGUAACCGAAGGGCGUCGGUACUUUGGUUCAAUGCAGAUUUAUGGUAUAGAACCAGGGGAGGACCACUAUUCCCGUCUAGUCGAUCUUUUGUGCCGAGCGGGAAAGUUUGAGGAAGCAAAGGAUGUUAUAGAUUCGAUGCCUUGUGUCCCAGGCCCGCCAAUCUGGGAGGCUUUUCUCGCUGGAUGCCGUGUUCACAACAAGAUAGACUUAGGGGUUGAAGCAGCCGAGAAGCUACUGGAGCUGAUCCCUCAGCAUGAUGGGACGUACGUGCUUUUGUCCAACAUGUAUGCUACUGCUGGAAAAUGGAAAGAAGUGGCCGAAGUUCGGAAGUUAAUGAGGGAGCGAGGGGUGAAGAAGGAGCCUGGGUGCAGUUGGAUCGAAGUUGAGAGCAUGGUCCAUGUUUUCCUUGUGGACGAUACCGCUCACCCAGAGGUGAAAGAGGUAUAUAAUUAUUUGGAAUGGUUAGGAAUUGAGAUGAGGAAACUUGGGUACGUGCCCGACACGAAGUUUGUUCUGCAUGAAAUGGAGUCGCACGAGCACAAGGAGUAUGCACUUUCGACCCACAGUGAGAAGCUUGCAGUCGCUUUCGGACUGAUGAAGCUGCCCCAAGGAGCAACCGUUCGGGUCUUCAAGAACCUCAGGAUCUGCGGGGACUGCCACAACGCCUUCAAAUUCAUGUCGAAAGUUGUGCAGAGGGAGAUUGUGGUGAGGGAUGGGAAGAGGUUUCAUCACUUCAGGGAUGGAGAGUGCUCCUGUGGUAAUUACUGGUAGGCUUGGAGAGCUUCAGCUAAGGAUUUUAUAGAUCAGAUGUUUUUCGAUUCGAUCCCGGAUCCUUGGCCAUAUUCUUUCUUUGAAUGGAAUGAGACAAAGCUCAGCAAAGGAAACUAAUCCUUCCUUAAAACAGAUGUUAGAGAUGCCAAUUAUUGGCUGCUUUGAUUGCUCGAAUUUGUGAUAUUUUCAGAUACAUUUUUUCCAGAAUAUUUUGAAAUUCAUAGAUGCUCUUACUCGAA